UUUCGCAAUUGGCUCGGAACAGAGAGGGAUUUAGGGUUUGCGAUCAUCAUGGUUCUCAAUCAAUGCGGAGCCGAGACGACGAUAGAAGAUUCCAUGGAAGCAUCUUCAUCAAUGGUUGUCAAUUCGUACCCGACAAAGCGUAAGGCAGAGUUCGACCCGGAGGAGGAUGAGGAGGAAGAGAGCGAUGGCGAGAAUGAAGAACCCAGUGAUCCGAAAGCCAAAAUUGAGGAGUCAAAGGCUGAAACAGAUUAUUACUUAAAGGUGCCUGAAUGGGAUGUUGAUAGCUUCAAUGGUUUAGAGUAUUAUUCUUCUCCAGAGGCGAUACUUUCCUCCGAUGAGGAACCUUUACCCGAGGAAGGUUUAGAACACUAUCGCAUCUUUAAACGCCAGAUGAUCGAGAGCAUGGGAUUUUACACGGAUCCUGAGCUUAGGCCAUAUUAUCAUUACAAAGGAAUAUGUCCAAUGAACUUGGAGUUGGAAGCACUUACGGAUAAAAACUUCCGCCAGUUCUGGGAAGAGAUGGUAUAUGUUUGUCUGCAGAAACUCAACCAAGAAAAGGAUUCGAAUGUGGAGUUCUUUGAAGUUGUGAGAGGUUAUUAUCGCCCAGGACCGAGAUCAAAGUCAUAUAUUACAUUUAUGGCAAGGGAGAAGCCGGAUGGACUUCUUGUGGAGUAUCAAGCCAAGUGUAUGGUUACUUUAGACAGAAAGAGGCAUCCCAUCCUCUGUAGACCGUUAAUGGUAUCAAACCUAUCAGGUCGCCUAGGAGCUUUGGUUCUCUACUCCACGCCCCUCCCGUCUUUUUAUCAUUCCUCGGGAAGUUCUAAAGAAUGGCAAGAUUUUGGGAUAUCACUUUCGCAAUUGGCUCGGAACAGAGAGGGAUUUAGGGUUUGCUCGAUCGUCAUGCUUCUCAAUCAAUGCCCAAACGAGACGACGAUAGAAGAUUCCAUGGAAGCAUCUUCUUCAGUGGUUGUCAGUUCGUGCCUGACAAAGCGUAAGGCUGAGUUCGACCCGGAGGAGGAGGAAGAGAGCGAUGGUGAGAUUGAAGAAUUAGGGAAAGCCAAAAUUGAGGAGUGUAAGGCUGGAGGAAUAGAUUACUUAAAGGUGCCUGAAUGGGAUGUGGACAGCUUCGAUGGUUUAGAGUAUUAUUCCUCUCCGGAGGUAUUAUUUUCCUCCGAGGAUGAACCUUUCUCCGAGGAAGCUAUACAACACUAUCGCCUCUUUAAACACCAGAUGAUCGAGAGCAAGGGAUUUUACGGGGAUCCAGCGCUUAGGCCCUUUGAUCAUUACAGAGGAAUAAAACCAAUGGGCUUGGAGUGGGAAGCACUUACAGAUAAAGACUUUCGCGCGUACUGGGAAGAGAUGGUGUAUGUUUGUCUCCGAAAACUCAACCAAGGCAAGGAUUCGAAUGUGGAGUUGGUUGAAGUUGUGAGAGGUUAUUAUCGCGCAGGACCGAGAUCAAAGUCAUACAUUACAUUUAUGGCUAGGGAGAAACCAGAUGGACCUCUUGUGGAGUAUCAAGCCAAGUGUAUGGUUACUUUAGACAGAAAGAGGCAUCCCAUCCUCUGUAGACCGGCUCCUACACCAAAGCCUUAAAACCCAAACUUGUUUAAGGAAGGGAUUGCUCUUAGCCAAUUUCUGAUUUGCUCUGUCUAGGCUCAAACAUGUUUACAGAAACGAGAUUCUUUUUGCCUUAUGCAAUAUUAUACGGUGCUUGUCAUGUAUAUAUAGAUGUAUGACGAUAUGAGAAAAAAAAAAUAGAAUGACCCAUCACAA